UCAGAAGAUGCUACUUGCAAGAUCUCUGAAUCUGACCCUGAGGAAUUAUCAGAUGAAGCAAGUGCUGACACCUUCUAUGGAACUUCUCCUCCUAGUACACCCCGCCAGAUAAAGCGUAUGUCAACAAAGCAUCAGAAAAAUAACGUUGGGAGACCUGCUAGUCGCUCCACUUUGAAAGAAAAGAUGAGUGUGCCAGCUCAGUCUGUGCAUAAAGACAAUGGGAAAACUAUUGAGAAUGUGGAGGAGCACAGCUAUAAGCAAGGAAAAAAGAUCCGAGACGCCCUAAGGACAACAGAACGAGAUCACAAGAAAAAUGUGCAGUGCUCAUUUAUGUUAGACUCAGUUGGUGGGUCUCUGCCAAAAAAACCAAUUCCAGAUGUUGAUCUCAAUAAGCCUUACCUCAGCCUUGGCUGUAGCAAUGCUAAGCUUCCAGUCUCUGUGCCCAUGCCAAUACCCAGAACUGCACGCCAGACUUCUAGGACUGAUUGCCCAGCAGACCGCUUAAAGUUCUUCGAAACCCUGCGGCUUUUGUUAAAACUUACCUCAGUCUCAAAGAAAAAGGACAGGGAGCAAAGAGGACAGGAAAACACCUCUUCUGUCUGGCUGAACCGAUCCAAUGAACUGAUCUGGCUGGAGCUGCAAGCUUGGCAUGCUGGCCGGAGCAUUAAUGACCAAGACCUCUAUCUCUAUGCAGCCCGUCAAGCUAUCCCUGAUAUCAUCAAUGAAAUCCUCACCUUCAAAGUGAACUAUGGAAGCUUCUCCUGUGUAAAAAAUGGAGCCAGUCUCAAUGGUACUUCAGGAGAAGGAGUUUGCAAAGCAACAUGUGGAACUAGUGCUUUGGGUUACUCAAGUUACCACGAACACCUCCAUCGCCAGCGGGUCUCAUUUGAGCAAGUAAAGCGGAUAAUGGAGCUGCUAGAGUAUAUAGAAGCACUUUAUCCGUCUCUGCAGGCUCUUCAAAAGGACUAUGAAAAGUAUGCUGCAAAGGACUUCCAAGACAGAGUGCAGGCACUCUGUCUAUGGUUAAAUAUUACGAAAGACUUAAAUCAAAAACUAAGGAUUAUGGGAACUGUAUUGGGCAUCAAAAAUCUUUCUGACAUUGGCUGGCCAGUGUUUGAAAUUCCUUCUCCUCGACCAUCUAAGUACAAUGAUCCAGAGGAUGAAGAAGUUGAUAGGGCAACAGAAGUAAAGGAAUCCUCAGGAACGUGCACAGAGGAGAGCGAUGGUGAAGAACAAAUCUCUGAGGAGAGUGUUGAGGAACUUAGACAAGCCAUCAAGAACAAUUUUACUAAUAAGCCAAAUUUUGACUUUCAGGACCAUUUUUCAAGGAGGCUUGAUAGGCUUGAAUCUGAGGAUGACUCCACCUCUUGGGUUAUUCCAGAAUGCAGUGCUGAGACAAGCUGCAGCCAACACUGUUUGACCUCUAUUUACAGGCCGUUUGUAGAUAAAGCACUGAAGCAAAUGGGGUUGAGGAAGCUAAUUUUAAGACUGCACAAGCUAAUGCAUGGUUCAUUGCAAAGGGCCCGUAUGGCGUUGGUAAGGAGUGAUCAUCAGCUGGAGUUUUCAGAAUUUCCAGAUCCCAUGUUAUGUUCAGAUUACGUGCAGUUAUUAAAUUCCCCACCUUGUUGUGAGCAAAAAUGCAGCACUGUAUCAUGGGAGGAGCUGAAAUCCAUGGAUUUACCGUCUUUUGAACCUGCAUUCUUGGUCCUCUGCCGAGUCCUGCUCAAUGUUAUCCAUGAAUGUCUCAAGCUAAGGUUGGAACAAAGACCUGCUGGGGAACCAUCUCUUUUGAGUAUUAAACAGCUAGUGAGAGAGUGUAAAGAGGUUCUGAAGGGUGGCCUGUUAAUGAAGCAAUAUUACCAGUUUAUGUUACGGGAGGUGUUAGAUGACUUACAAAAGAUUGACUGCAACAUUGAUUCUUUUGAAGAGGACUUGCAUAAAAUGUUAAUGGUUUACUUUGAUUAUAUGCGAAGCUGGAUCCAAAUGCUACAGCAGUUACCUCAAGCGUCUCAUAGUUUAAAAAACCUGUUGGAGGAAGAAUGGAAUUUCACCAAAGAAAUAACUCCUUAUAUAAGAGGAGGUGAAGCUCAAGCUGGAAAACUAUUCUGUGGACUACAAGACAGUUGUGAUGAAUUUUGGGCCAGUGCCGAUGACAGUACUGCAUCAGAUGAAAUCAGGAGGUCUGUUAUAGAGACCAGCCGAGCACUCAAAGAGCUGUUUCAUGAAGCUAGAGAAAGAGCCUCCAAAGCUCUUGGUUUUGCUAAAAUGCUGAGGAAGGACCUUGAAAUAGCAGCAGAAUUUGCAUUGUCAGCCCCUGUGCGAGAUCUUCUGAAUGCUCUGAAAACAAAAGAGUAUGUGAAGGUACAAAUCCCUGGACUUGAGAGUUUACAAGUAUUUGUACCAAAUAGUAUUGCAGGGCAAAAAUCUGUCAUCUUGCAGCUCCUCAAUGCAGCUGCUGGAAAGGAUUGCUCAAAGGAUUCAGAUGAGGUUGCAUAUGAGGCCUAUUUACUAAUGACCAAACACAGUGAUAAAGACCAUGAAUUAGAUGACAGCUGGAGUGCAUGGGAGGGUCAGCCCGUCAAAGUAGUGCCACAAGUAGAAACUGUUGACACACUGCGCACCAUGCAGGUUGAUAACCUCCUCCUUGUAGUCAUUCAAUCUGCCCACCUUGUGAGUCAGAGAAAAGCUUUCCAGCAGUCAAUUGAAGGGCUCAUAUCUCUGCACCAGGAACAGACAUCCAGCCAACCGGUCAUCGCCAAAGCUCUACAACAGCUGAAGAGUGAUGCAUUACAGCUAUGCAAUAAGAUAAGCAGCGCUAUUGAUCGAGUUGAUCACAUGUUCACAUCGGAGUUUGAUGCUGAAGUUGAUGAAUCUGAAUCUGCCACUUUGCAGCAAUACUACCGGGAAGCUAUGAUUCAGGGUUACAAUUUUGGGUUUGAGUACCAUAAAGAAGUUGUUCGUCUGAUGUCUGGCGAAUUUAGGCAGAAAAUUGGAGACAAGUAUAUCAGCUUUGCCAGAAAAUGGAUGAAUUAUGUGCUAACAAAAUGUGAGAGUGGCCGAGGCACUCGACCCAGGUGGGCAACUCAAGGCUUUGAUUUUCUUCAAGCCAUUGAGCCGGCAUUUAUUUCAGCUCUCCCAGAAGAUGACUUCUUGAGUUUACAAGCUCUGAUGAAUGAGUGUAUUGGCCAUGUUAUCGGAAAACCUCACAGUCCUGUUACAGCUAUUCAUCGAAACAGUCCCCGUCCCGUAAAAGUACCUCGGUGCCAUAGUGAUCCACCAAAUCCUCAUCUUAUCAUCCCCACGCCUGAAGGCUUCAGCACGCGGAGUUUCCCUUGUGAUGCACGGAACCACUGCAGCGUUGCUGUCAGUCGCCCCGCUCCCAUCGGUAGCGACUCAGCUCAACCCAAACCUGUCAGCAGUGCAAAUGAUACCAGGGGUUCCAGUGUUCCUGAAAAUGAUCGGCUGGCUUCAAUAGCAGCUGAGUUGCAGUUCAGAUCCCUUAGUCGUCACUCCAGCCCCACUGAAGAGCGAGAAGAACCAUCGUAUCCAAAAGGAGAUUCAAGUGGCUUGUCCCGGCGAAGUUGGGAGCUCAGAACUUUAAUCAGCCAGACCAAAGACACUGCUUCCAAGCAAGCACCGAUUGAAGCUGUUCAAAAGUCUGUUCAGUUGUUUGAAGAAAGGAGAUACAGAGAGAUGAGGAGGAAGAACAUCAUUGGCCAAGUUUGUGACACACCGAAAUCUUAUGAUAAUGUCAUGCAUGUAGGUUUGAGAAAAGUGACUUUCAAGUGGCAGAGAGGAAACAAAAUUGGUGAAGGCCAGUAUGGGAAGGUCUAUACCUGUAUCAGUGUUGACACUGGAGAGCUGAUGGCUAUGAAGGAAAUAAGAUUCCAACCUAAUGAUCACAAAACCAUCAAAGAAACAGCUGAUGAACUGAAGAUUUUUGAAGGCAUCAAACACCCCAAUCUUGUCCGUUAUUUCGGUGUGGAGCUCCAUAGGGAAGAAAUGUACAUCUUCAUGGAGUACUGUGAUGAGGGCACUCUGGAGGAGGUAUCAAAACUGGGCCUUCAAGAGCAUGUCAUUAGGCUCUACACAAAGCAAAUCACGAUUGCUAUCAAUGUACUACAUGAACAUGGUAUUGUUCAUCGAGACAUUAAAGGAGCCAACAUCUUUCUUACCUCAUCUGGACUGAUUAAACUAGGAGACUUUGGCUGCUCGGUGAAACUGAAGAACAACACCCAGACAAUGCCCGGAGAAGUGAACAGCACCCUGGGGACUGCAGCGUACAUGGCUCCAGAAGUAAUUACUAGAGCUAAAGGAGAAGGGCACGGGCGUGCAGCAGACAUCUGGAGCCUGGGCUGCGUCGUUAUAGAGAUGGUCACCGGCAAGAGGCCUUGGCACGAAUACGAGCACAACUUCCAGAUCAUGUAUAAAGUGGGGAUGGGCCAUAAGCCUCCUAUUCCGGACAAAGUGAGCCCAGAAGGGAAAGACUUCCUUUGCCACUGCCUGGAAAGUGACCCAAAGAUGAGGUGGACGGCCAGCCAGCUCCUCGAUCAUCCUUUUGUCAAGGUUUGCACAGAUGAAGAAUGAAGUUACUCAGCCUCUGGCCUUUUUUUUUAUUCUGGCAAGAUACCUUUUAAUCACUACUGUAUGUAAUAUUUACAUAAAGACUGUGCUGAGAAACAGUAUAAAAAGUUGAACUUACGAAGACUGCACAAGUGACGAGCGUCACUUUCUCUGCUGCUCCUGUAUGUGUUACUUGGCACACGUUGCUCAUGUGACAGUGUCCGCAAGGUGGAAGAAGCUGCAUGUUUCAGUGAAAGUGCCAUUACUACUGUAUAUGGACCAUACCUUUUUUUGUCCUUUCUCCUGUUU